GUGCUAGAGUUUGAUAGGAAGGUAGCGAAUGAUAAGAGAAUUAAGUUGAACGUUGUGGCAGCAUUUGAGCCUUCUCAUCGAUCCCCUUAUAAUGAAUCAGCAUUCGGCUAUCAGUUGAUAUCUGCCAGCAUCAAACAGGUGUUUAAACAGGUCAUAGUCGUCCCAGCAACAAUGAUGGCAAAUACAGAUACUCGACACUAUACAAAUAUUACCCAGAAUAUAUACCGUUUUUGUCCAACUGAAGUGACUAGGAAAGAUAUAGCUCGUUACCAUGGCAAUGAUGAACGCAUUCUGAUUUCAAACUACAGACAAACAGUACAAUUCUACUAUCAUGUGAUGUUGAACGCUGACGAAUUAUCUUUAGAAGGGAAGCACGAUCACUCGCAUGAAUUAUGAUUGACUGAAUGACACCAGUGAAAACAUGUCAACAGUAUACCUUAAUUACGUCCACCCUAAACUCAUUCCAAAAUAUCAGAUUACACUGAAUGACCAGGGGCGGAUAAACGGGGAAGGGUGCAACGAGGGUUAGCCACCCCUCUCAAAAAAGGGAAGGAAAAAAGAUAAGGGGUGAGGGGGCACACGGUACUCUAUUAAGUAAGCUAAUUUCAUUUCCAUGUACAAUACAAGAUACAACAAGAUGCAAAUCAACUUUAUUGUCAAAAUUUUGUUGUACCUUAUGCUGUAGAAUAAAUAAUUCAGUAAGUUCAUUAUUUUCUGAAAUCUUAUUAAAUAAAUUACAAACUAUGUACAAUGCUGAGUACCUAAAA